AUGAAAAAUCUUGAUGGGGUCUUGCUUGGAUCGGAAGAGAUUGGAGGUCCAACAUCCAUCUCCCCUUGCUUGAACUUCAAGUUCAAACUCAGAGCCCAGGGAUCACACUACGGACAAUUAGGUGUCGCUGCGGCCCGCAGCGUCACCCGGACGUUUCAAGUCAAACUGGAAUCCUCACGCUACGUCAGCAGCAGCGACAACUCCAUCUAUGAAACGACAGAUCAGAAACGAACCACAACCCAGUCCAAAGAAGCCUCUCAAAAACCAGCCUCCGCGACCCAGACGGUGGACCUUAAUGUGAGCAAUCUCACCCAAACGGUCAACCCUAAUGUGAGCAAUCUCACCCAGAUGGUCGACCCUAAUCUGACGACAACGACUGGCCAGAACAAUACCUCGGGCCUGCUUCAUAAGGCUUCUUCUACAAUCGGAUCCGGCGAUCUCGACAGCCAUCCAGGUAACCAGAUCCAGUUCACAGGCCUCUUCAAAUGGGGUAUCGUCCAACUUGAACUUUCCAAAAACGAAGGAAGAUUGACUGGGAUCAAUGGAUAUCAAGUCGCUUGGGACCGGUGCAGCUCGACCCCAUACGCGUUCUCAAAAGCUCGGAACAUUGUGAUCACCUAUGAUGAUAUGAUUUUGAUUGGCAUCGAGGCCUCGAAUGCGUUGGCCGUCGGGAUCGGCGGGGUUGGGUUCUGGGACAUGACCAGCAAUCAUCACUCCAUGCUCAUCGACUGCGCUCACAAAAAUCUCGCCAAGUUCGAUUGUCUUGUAAGAUCAGAUUAUUUUCUCUGA